CCACAAAACAGAAAUGUCAAUAGACUUGUGCAAAACAGCUGUAAUUUGUAUACGUUUUUUGUAUCUAGUGAACAUUUGAUAAAUUUUAGCAAAAGGGAAACUGGCAUUUAUUAAGAUGUUGGGUAUACAAAAUUAUGGCUCUUCAUCAGACACCGAUUCAGAAACAGAUGAACGCACCAAGAAUGAUCUGGAAACGCCAAACAAUACAGAUAAGUUAGCACAUCUUAAGCCAAUAGAUCCCUCGCUGUCGAUUGCCAAAUCGCUGGCCGUUUGCGCAGCACCUGAAGUGAUUCCCAUAGGUGCCAGUGCUGUUGCGCGUACCAUUGAUCCCACAGUUAAAGAAGUGACGUACAAUCCAAAAUUUGAGGAAUUGUACGCGCCCGUUAAAGGUCCAGAAAAUCCAAAUUUAACACAACAAAUGCGUGCGCCUCGCAACACACUCUCAGGUUAUGUGGAAAAGGCUCAUAUUAAUGCCUUUGAAUUUGAAAAUCAACGACGCACAUUCCACACAUAUGGUUAUGCGCUGGAUCCGUCCGUAGAUGAAGCUGCAGAUGGACAAUCAUUCGUAGGUGAUUUACAAUCAGCUUAUAGUGACGAAGGCAAAACGGUGUUUGAAUCGCCAAAACCGAAAAAGAAACGUAAGCAAGAUAAAAACGAUAACCCGGAAGAUGUUGAAGGUUUUGUUGGACCAUGGGGCAAGUAUGAAGAUGAGCAAAGUGUGGCACGACCAAAUGAACAAGAAAAGGCGGAAUUAGAGGAGAUUUUAGCGAAGAGACACAGACGCAACCGUAUUGUUGAAGACAAGCCAUUAGAGGAAAAAUGCGUGUUGCACAUCAAAGAUGCAUACGAUUACCAAGGCCGUUCGUACCUACAUGCGCCACACGAUUUGGGAAUCAACUUGCGCUCAACUUCUGCACCUAAUAAAUGCUUCUUACCGAAAGCACACAUACACACAUGGACAGGACACACCAAAGGUAUUUCAUCUAUACGUUGGUUUCCACAAACAGCGCAUUUGCUGCUAUCUGGUUCCAUGGAUUGUCGUGUGAAACUUUGGGAAGUGUUUGGCGAACGGCGAUGUAUACGCACAUUUUCCGGUCAUAGGCAAGCUAUCAAAGAUAUUGCAUGGAAUAACAAAGGCACUAAAUUUCUCUCCGCUUCCUAUGAUCGUUAUAUAAAAAUGUGGGAUGCAGAAACCGGAGAAGUUAUUUCACGUUUUACAGCGCGAAAAAUGCCGUUCUGUGUCAAAUUCCAUCCGGAUAAUAAUAAGCAACAUCUCUUCGUAGCAGGCACUUCAGACAAGAAAAUUAUUUGCUGGGACACGCGCAGCGGCGAUAUUGUACAAGAAUAUGAUCGCCAUUUGGGUGCCGUUAACACAAUCACAUUCGUUGAUGAGAACCGACGUUUCGUCACUACCUCUGAUGACAAAUCAAUGCGAAUUUGGGAAUGGGACAUACCAGUGGAUAUGAAAUACAUAGCCGAUCCCACAAUGCAUUCGAUGCCGGCUGUAACGCUUGCGCCAAAUGGCAAAUGGUUGGCAUGCCAGUCACUAGAUAAUAAAAUCGUUAUAUUUUCUGCGUUAAACCGUUUCAAAAUGAAUCGGAAAAAGACUUUCAGCGGACAUAUGGUUUCCGGUUAUGCAUGUCAAUUGGAUUUCUCGCCAGAUAUGAGUUACUUAGUAAGCGGUGAUGGUGAUGGAAAAUGUUAUAUUUGGGAUUGGAAAACGACAAAAAUGUACAAAAAAUGGCAAGCCCACGAGGGUGUCUGUAUCAGUACCAUGUGGCAUCCGCAUGAAGCGAGCAAAGUAGUAACAGCUGGAUGGGAUGGUCUUAUCAAAUACUGGGAUUAGGUGAGAUGUUUUACGGAUACGUACAUUUCCAAGG